AUGACUGAAUGCAUUGUGGAAUCACUGUUAUCCCGCUCAUUUGGAUUGAGACCUUUUUCCGAGAAACGAGAGAUCGUCGAAGGUGGCCGUCCCACUCCUGAGUUGCAAGGACUACAUACAACAUCCAAGCGAAGUGGUAAAGUCUUUAUUCGAAGUUUUCAGACGUCAAAUUACGACAAGUACAAAUGGCUGGCUGGCUUCUCAAAAUUGAAUAAGUUAAUUUGCUGGCCGUGUCUUUUGUUCAACUCAACAGACAAGACAGUCUGGUGCAAGAAGGGAUACGAUGAUUUGGCCAACCUGUGUAAUGCCGUCAACAGACACGAGAAAACGAAGACACGCUUGUCCAGUUGCCUAAUGAAUGCCAGUUUUGGGCGUACACGCAUCGACAUGCAGCUAGACGAACAGGCCCGUCAACACAUCUCAGCUCACAACUUGAUGGUGCACAAGAAUAGAGAAGUACUUCGCCGUUUCAUUGAUGUUGUUUGCUUUCUUGGCAAACAGGAACUUUCUUUCAGAGGUCGGGUGGAGCUGGAGGAGUCUGCCAACAGGGGCAAUUACGUCGAAUUGAUAAAACUGCUAAGUGCAUAUGACCCCACGCUUGAACAGCAUCUUCAUACAGCAACCGUGUUUUCUGGACUUUCUAAUCGUAUCCAGAAUGAUUUAAUUGUUGCUGUCAAGGACGUUAUGUUGGAAGCAAUAAAAGAUGAAGUGAUGAGGAGCCCAUUUGUCGCUAUUUCCCUGGAUGAAACCUCCGACGUUAAGACCUUAUCGCAGCUAACAACUAUAGUUCGCUAUGUCAACCCAGAUGGUAAAGCUGUGGAGCGUUUUCUUGGAUUUACCGAUGUAAGUGAGGAUAGAACUGCGGCUAGACUGAAACAAGAAGUCGGUAAAACCCUGAACGAGUACGGAUGCGGCGGAAAACUGAUUGCCCAAACGUAUGACGGUGCGAGUGUGAUGUCAGGAGAACUGUCCGCUGUCUCGUCAACUAAAGAGUGUCGUAUAUUUUUUAAAACCGUCACUGGUCUUUCAUCCUUUUUUCACGCCUCGUCCAAGAGAACAUACCUGUUGGACACAGUUGUCGGCAGACGCAUUCCCACUGGAACAGCUGUUCGAUGGCACUAUCAGAGCAGGUUAAUCCAUGCUGUACUGGAGACAAGAGCAAAGCUGCUCGAAGUUUUCGAAUACAUCAUCGAAAAUGAUGACGAGUUUGACGAAAUAUUUGGUCUUACGGAUGUUUUGUAUAAUAUCAUUCAGAGUAAGCAGUUCGAUAUUGUCUUCUGUGUCACGAAAGUUCGCGAGACGAAAGAUAAGAUUCAAGAACAACGAACAAAAUUCGUAGAUUAUUGGAAUUUUACGUCAAGUAUCGUCAAAGUAGCACUGAAACGCGGGCAAAGUGAAGAGGAUGUAAAGGCGUCCUUCCGUGAAAUGUUUUUCUGUGCAGUCGAUACCAUUGUCGUGCAGAUUGACUCUAGAUUCGAAAGUCUUAACAGCAGAGCAUUCGUUUCUUUGUUGGAUUAUUCAAAGCACGAACUGUACAGCCGGAAUUUUCCCGAACGAGAGCUGCAAUCGUUGCAAGAUUCAUAUGGAACAUUCUUUAAUCUUCAAGCACUAAAAAGUGAACUAAUCGUUGUAUACGCAUCUGCCGAGCUCAAAUCGAAACCUGUUUUUGAUAUGAUAUCAAAAAUAAUCGAACUUGACUUGAAAGCCUGUUUUCCAGAGGUGUACCGAUUGUGUCAGCUCAUUCUUACUAUGCCAAGUACGUCCUCCUCUGCAGAAAGAUCGAUCAUUUUCGGCUCUCAAGCGUAUCAAAACGUAUCUUCGCAGUACACAAGGGCAAGAGCGACUUUCUGCAUUGGCUAUAAUUUCAAUCGAAAAGGAGAUGUUGGUAAGUUUGCAGGGGAAGCCACGAUUCUAUGA